AAGGGGGCUGGCCAUUUCGAUUUUGUUUUUGGUGUUCACGUUUCUCUCUCUCUCUCUCUCUCUCUCUCAAGCCUUGAAGAAGAAGUAAAGAAGAAAAUCCCUCUUAAAACAGCCUCAGUGAAACGUAGUGAGAGAGGAAAAGCAAAGAUUUUCAGUGGAAGAAAGCUAGCAAUUUGAAUCGGUGUCGUACGGAAAAUGUUCAGGAACCAGUACGAUACCGACGUCACUACAUGGAGCCCAGCUGGGCGAUUGUUCCAAGUGGAGUACGCGAUGGAGGCCGUGAAGCAGGGUUCGGCGGCGAUCGGUCUCCGAUCCAAGACCCAUGUGGUGUUGGGUUGCGUCAACAAGGCUAAUUCCGAAUUGUCUUCUCACCAGAAGAAGAUCUUCAAAGUCGACGACCACAUUGGGGUCGCCAUCGCCGGUCUCACCGCCGACGGUCGCGUGCUCUCUCGGUAUAUGCGAAACGAGUGUAUCAACUACAGCUUCACUUACGAAUCGCCGCUUCCUGUUGGGAGACUCGUCGUCCAGCUCGCCGAUAAAGCACAGGUUUGCACCCAACGCUCUUGGAAACGACCUUACGGUGUUGGCCUGUUGGUGGCCGGCUUGGAUGAAUCUGGGGCUCAUCUUUACUAUAACUGUCCAAGUGGGAAUUACUUCGAAUACCAGGCUUUUGCCAUUGGAUCACGGUCACAAGCUGCAAAGACAUACUUGGAACGGAGGUUUGAGAACUUUACAGACUCCUCGAGGGAUGAUCUGGUGAAAGAUGCUAUUACGGCAAUAAGGGAGACCCUGCAAGGAGAAGCUCUGAAAAGCUCAAUAUGUACAAUUGCUGUGGUAGGGGUUGGAGAACCGUUCCAUGUAUUAGAUCAGGGAACUGUACAACAAAUCAUUGAUACCUUCGAGAUUGCAGCGGAGCAAGAAGACCCUGCUACCGAACCUGAUGCUGCUACAGGUCAGGAGGCUGCCACUGAGCAGGGCACUGCUGCUGAUCAAGGUGGUUCUACAGAUGAAGGUGCGGCCCCAAUGGAUAUUUGAGGAUGCAAGAACCAGGGUUCCAUCCAUGUUAGGCAGUUGUAAACAUUAUUGUGUUGGAUAUUUCCUUCUUUUAUUCUCUUACGCAAAUUGUCUUUUUACCCUUGGUGCAAACAUUCAAAUGCUAGGCCUGAAACUUUUACAUUUAUGCUCAAAGAUACUGAAACUUUUAAAUUUGCCUCAA